AGGACAAUGCGGUAGUCUCUUUCAUCAAACCAGCGGGUCUAGAACGAAACCUCGUGGGUUGAAAAAAGUCGAUCGGCUAGUCGUGAUCGGCCAUAUUGAAAUAUAACAUUGAAUGUCUGUGUUACACAAGGGCUCAAAAGUAGCCGUGAUAUUAUCUCAAUAUCCUCAAAGAAACGAGGAUAAAUUCAACAAUCAUGGAGAAUCAAUGCAACUUUGUUGUUGCUAAUAAAUUCUCAUUGGCAAUUGAUGAGGAUGAAGAUCCCCUUGAAUUAAUUAAAGUGCGUGAACAAGAAAAAGAGGCUAAAAAAAAGGAAAAAUUAUCUGGUAAAGAAAAUAAAAGUAAGCAACCAGAGGGUGCUAAACCAGCCGGUAACAAGCCACCAAAACCAAAAGUUAUCAAAGAAAAUACACAGCCACAAUCAGCUAAAAUUCAAGAUGCCAAGAAAGAUAUUGUUGAAAAGAAACCUGGCCAGCCAAGACCUGCUGGUGGAGAUCGCAAUGUGAAAUUCUCCGGUGAAUCCCGUGAAGAACGUAACAACAGACGCAAUCGUGAAGAUGGUGGUGAAAGACCACCACGUAAUCAUGAUGGCCCACGUAACCAUGAUGGUCCACGCAAUCAUGAUGGUCAAGUAAGACGAGGACCUCCAUCUGGAGAAAAUCGUGAUUAUCAUCGCAAUUUUAAUGAUGGUUCCAAAGGUGAUUUUGGUGAUCGUCGUGGACCACGUGGUCCACGUAUGGAACGUGGUGGUGAUCGCGUUGAACGUGGAGAUCGUGUUGAACGUGGUGAUCGCCAAGAACGUGGUGAACGCAAUGAUCGUCCACGUGGUGGACCUCGCGGUGGUGGACGUGGUGGUGGUCGCGGAGGCUAUGACAACCGAGGCAAACGCGAAUUCGAUCGUCAAUCUGGUUCUGACAAAACGCAACCAAGGCAUGGUUACAGUGGGGUUAAACCAGUCGACAAGAAGGAUGGCGCUGGAAGCCACAACUGGGGAACCCACAAUGAUGAAAUUGAAGAAAGCAUGAAUCCUGAAAGCCAAGAUUCUUGGGGAACUGAUAAACCAGAGGGUGAAGUUAAAGCUGCAUCAACUGAAGUCAAAGAAGGUGAAACACCAGCUGAAGGUGUUGCACCAACUGGUGAUGCACCAGCUGAAGAUGCACCAAUUGAUGAAGAAGCCAAGAAAUUAACUUUGGAUGAAUACAAAGCAUUACGUGGACAACGUGCCAAGCCAACUUUCAAUUUACGUAAAGCUGGUGAGGGUGAAGAUUUAACACGCUGGAAGAAAAUGUAUGCUCUUGAAAAAAAGAAGGAAGGUGCUGAGGAAGAAGAAGAAGAUGAAGAGGAAGAAUACGACUUGACUGUUGAAUAUCCUCAACGUGUUGGAAGACAAAAACGUGUAUUUGAUAUUGAAAUACAAUUUGCUGAUUCAAGACGUGGUGGUGGUGGACGUGGAGGACGUCCUGGUCGUGGACCACGUGGUGAUCGUCCCGCUGGACGUGGAUUUAAUCGUGAUCGUGGAGCACCAAGAGAUGUUGCUCCAAGAGAUGCUGCUGAACCUCGUGGGCCAGCUGAUGCUCCAAAGCCUGCACCAGUUCAAGCUGAACAAAGAGCCCCACGUGGUGGUGGCCGUCAAAACGCUCCAAAGGUUGAAGAUGAGCAUGACUUCCCUUCAUUGCGUUAAGCUUUGAUAUUAAAAAUAUCUUUUCUUAAUUACCAUCCUCAUCAUAAACAACAACAACAACAACAACAGUAACAACAAAAACAACAACAACAAAAAACAAAUUUAAAAAUAAAAAAAUAACAAAAUAAGUUGACAAAAAAAUCGAAAACUAAUAAAAAAACAAAAAAAAUAAAUAAAAAACCAAGUCCCUCUUUUACCAUCCAUCUACCAUUUGCAGAACCAAGAAAUUAGAAGUGCAGAAAGAGUACGAGUGUAUAAUGAAACUUUUAAGGGAUAUUAAUAAUAAAUUUAAAAAUAAUACAAAAAAAAAAAAAAUGUAUUUCUAUAUAAGAAAAUGAAAUUUUUAAAU